CGCAUCGCUCACCUUCGUGUGCUGCAGCGUCGAAUUGGCGGCGACACGAGAGUCGAGCGCGUGGGGUUCGCCUGCGAGCGUCGGGAGGCAAGCGGAAGGUCGAGAAUGGGGAGAGUAGUAUCAUGCUCCGCCGCCUACGAGCCCGCCUCUGUGUCGGGUUUGCCCUCCCGCCUCGUCCGGGGCUCUCGUAUUGUCGGGCAAGACGAUGGCUGCAUGCACGGCGUCGUACUGCAAACGAUGCGCCAGACCCUUCGAGUUCUUCCGGGCAACGGGGAGACUGGCGUAUGCAUCGAACGGUGUGGCUGCGUCUAAAGAGGACCGGAAACGAUGCGAUGAACCUCUCGCGAAGAGAUGGACUCGCGCAGACUCGACUCACCUCAU